AUGGUUUCUUGGAAGGAUACUUGUAAGCCAAAGAUUUAUGGUGGCCUUGGUAUCCCAUCGGUGGAUGCUAUGCAUUUUGCUUUUUGUUGCAAUACGGUUUGGAGGUUUUUUAACUCGAAGAGUUAUCUGUUUGGGUGGUGGAAAGGAAAGUAUGGGUCCUUUUGGAACUCUAGCAUUUCUAAAAGAUCAAUAUACUGGAAAGCUCUUUGUGAUGUGGCUAAUAGCAUUUUAAGUUCCAUUAAAUUCAAUACUACACCUUACAGCACCCUUUCUUUCUUAUGCGAUCCCUGGUGCUAUGGUCAGUCUAUUGCGGAAAGGUUGAAGGAUUUUAACUUGGAAAUUCCUUCCGGCCACUCUUCUCUUACUAUUAGCAGCUUCAUUACUAAUGACAUUUGGAAUUUACCUUCGUAUAUUCCUUUCAAUUUAGCUGAUGUUAUUCACUCUGUUCCUAUAUGUUAUGGUCUGGAUGAUUGUUGCUGGGCAAAAUCUGAGAAGCCGUCUUUCAAAAAUUUUCUUAAAGAUUAUUAUGUUGGGCCUGAUGUUGUUAGCUGGUACAAGUAUGUGUGGCAUAGGUCUUUUGCCAUGCGCUUUUUGUUAUAUUCCUGGUUUGUUUUCAAAAAGGGGCUUAAAAAGGCGGAUGCAUUGCUAGCUAGAAGUAUUUCUGUUAAUCCUCUUUGCAUUUUUUGUAAAGCUGAAAGAGAAACCCAAAACCAUUUGUUCUUUGAAUGCGAUUUCUCUUUUAAUAUUCUCAAGAGUUUCAUGCCAAGGAUGAACUUUAUGCUGCUACAUCCGAACCUUUGGCAAGUUUUUAAUGACAUUGAGGAUAGGGAAUUUGAUAUCAACAGGAAGAAUUUAUGCUUCCUCUUAAUCUCUGCUAUUGUCUAUUUCAUCUGGAGAGCAAGAAAUGACCGAAUUUUUGGUAAUAUCACUGAAAGCCAUACUGCCAUUGCUUUGAAGAUUAAAAGUGCUGUUUAUCUCAAAAGCUACAAGAAGAAAUGCUUCAACUCUCCACACAUUUUGUUCUCCUGA